CGUUGUUGUUUUUCGAAAUCAUUUGCAAGCUUUUGCACAAAUCAUCUGAAUAGAAUCACACAAAUCGGAAUAGUUUAAAUAACCAAACGUUUGCUUAAGGGAGCUCAGUAUCGUUUCGUCAAACGACUUGACUUGUAUUCGAGAGUUAGUGCAGGCAAAACUUGAUUAAAAAAUGUCGUUCAUAAAGUUAUCCUUUGUGUUCAUGGUUUUUUUGUUUUCUUUUGGUGAUACAGCGACUGUUCCAACUCCACCAACUUUUCCAAUUCCUGGGCAUUGUUCGGUCAUUACGCCGCAAAUAAUCAAACUCUCGAUUUUCGAUUUGGAAGAUGUCCAAAUAAAAUCGGCUCUAUAUUUGAACGUCACUGAAUUCGAAAAUCAAACUGUCGGUCAAUUUCUCGAUUACUUGGAAAAUGUACAGCACAUCUCCUUGAGUUCCCAUACUGCAUCCGUAAGAUCUUUGAAUCCACCUAAAGACGUCUCGCCUUUCACCACUAUACCUCUAACGACACCAUUGUGUCAAGCAAUCGAUGUAUUGUAUGAUGUAUCGAACGCUGAUCGACUAUACACAUUAUUUGUAGGAGUGGAACGGACUCCACGACAAGCAUUAGUUAGAAGAUUUUCGAGAGGUCUUGUUAUCGACAAUCGCACGGGUCUCUUCAAGAUGGGCAACUUGUCGCCAGUCAUCUUCGACAAGACCUAUCAGCCAGUUGAAGAUCCUCCAACGCCAAGCGUCGUAAUCGAAAAGCACAUUAUCGAAACGGUUCAUACCAAAGAAUCGACUGCAUCCAUUCAAAAUGGAUUUUCCGCUGAAAUAUCAGCAUAUAUCAUAUCAGUGAAGGCGGAAUAUUCAAAAGAAAAAAGUUCCACGUCGAAAAAUUCAAUGAAAACACGCAAUGCAGUCGUCUCACUAUUAAACAAGAAAACAGGAUUGUAUGUGGACGAAAGAAAAAUAGAUGUGGACCCGUCAUUCGUCGAGGAACUUUAUUCCAUCGUUGACGACAAAAACUUAUCAUCGUACGAUCGUACGAAACUUGUCGUCAAGUUAUUGAACCGUUACGGAUGGUACGUAACGAAUCAAUUUACUCUUGGAGGACGACUGGACGUUGUCAAAUCAUUGCAUGAAUCAAGUGCCGCGAAUGAGGCAAAAGAACUGGCCGCUUUAGAAACAAAGUUGGGUGCGGCAUAUGGUGCAUUUGGUGCAAGUGUGGGCGCUACUUAUAAAAAAGGUUCGAGCUCUGUUGACACGACAUCGUAUUUUUCAUCUGAUGAACGUAUCACGUCAACGGUAGAUGGAGCGACAGACAUAGCGUCUUUCAUGAAAAAUGUGGAAAUCAAAGAAAAUUGGCGGAUCAUCGCAUUGGAUAAUACUGUACCGACCUGCAAAUUCUUAUUAAGAAAUCACAGUAAUUUGUUUGCUGAAAUUCGACGAUUGAUCAUAAGCAACGUUCAUCAUCAAUCCAUCAAGAACCUGCAACCCCAUAUAAAUAUGUUGCAAUUGGUGAAUGAUAUAUGGGACAAUUAUGUUAAGCCUUUCUGAGCGAAUCGGAUUGGGAAAAAAUUCAAUUAAGCGCAAUCCAACUUGUCUUAAAAUAUUUCAUAUCUUUAUUUUCAAUAAAAGAAUGCUCAGUUUAUAACUUUGUUUGCUUCUUUGUCUUUUGCUUUUUUUCAUAACCAGCAAUUCGAUUGAUCUUCUUUGAAAAACAUUUAUUAUAUACACAGAGGGAGGAGCUAUCGAGAGAAACCUAACCUGCCUACAUGACCGAGUGAGCAGUGAGCGCCGGCUAGUUACGGUAAAAAGAACGGCAUGUGGUACGCCUCGCCCGGUAAUCAGGGUUGGGGCUCGAAACCGGCCAGUCGUAAGCCAUCGAUUAUGGAGGCAGACUUGGGCACAUUAUCGACCACAUCGGGCUCGAUCAAACGCAGCGCCGGACGUGUUAUACGCAUCAUCAAUAAUUUGGAUCAUUCAGUGCAGUGUCGUGUGCUGUUGAAUUUGCGCACAUCGCAGCCAUUCGAAGAGGUCUUAGAAGAUUUGGGUCAAGUGUUGAAAAUAAAUGGCGCCAAGAAAAUGUACACGGGCACAGGACAAGAGGUACGCAGCUUUUCACAACUACGCAACGAGUUUGCCGAUGUUGACACAUUUUAUCUAGCAACUGGCACUGCCUUAAUUGCCGGUUCGCCUAUUAGGCGUUCACGUUCGCGCCCCUCCGUUGUCGCCGCAGCGCCCAUACUACCCACAGAAGAACUGCCUAAGGUUCCUUUACGCGGUGCACGUCCACGCAGUAAAAGUCGUCCACGCAUUCUCUAUGCGCCGGAGAGUGAGAUUUUACGUGCGAACGGUGAAUACAGCAUGUUGGACAUUAUGAAAGAGGAGCCCACCAAAGUGACUAUACGUGGCUUGCGGCGUACCUUCUAUCCACCAUUACAUCAUGCGCCCGCGGAUAAUACGCCGCCCGAUAAAAAAUUGCAGCUGCAGUGGGUUCACGGCUAUCGUGGUAUUGAUGCACGUCGUAAUCUCUGGGUUUUGCCAUCGGGUGAGCUAUUGUAUUACGUAGCUGCUGUGGCUGUACUGCUGGAUCGUGAGGAAGAUGCACAGCGACACUAUACUGGACACACGGAGGAUAUUAUGUGCAUGGACGUACAUCCAUCACGUGAGCUGGUGGCUUCGGGACAGAAAGCGGGACGCGAUCGUAAAUCACAGGCGCAUGUGCGCAUUUGGAGCACCGAAUCACUGCAGACACUUUAUGUUUUCGGCAUGGGCGAGUUGGAUAGCGGCGUCACAGCGGUGGCCUUUUCACAACUGAACGGUGGCAGCUAUAUAUUGGCUGUGGAUAGCGGGCGCGAAAGCAUACUUUCGGUUUGGCAGUGGCAAUGGGGUCAUCUGCUCGGCAAAGUUGCAACGCUGCAAGAAGGCCUCUCAGGCGCCGCCUUUCAUCCGCUGGACGAUAAUCUCAUUAUCACACAUGGGCGUGGUCAUCUGGCUUUUUGGCAUCGUCGCAAAGAUGGCUUUUUCGAACGCACCGAUAUUGUUAAGCAGCCAUCACGUUCGCAUGUCACCAGCGUGCAAUUCGAACCGGAUGGUGAUGUCAUCACUGCCGAUUCCGAUGGUUUCAUAACCAUUUAUUCGGUUGACUCGGAUGGCGCCUACUUUGUACGCACCGAAUUCGAGGCACACAACAAAGGUAUUGGUUGUCUGAUUAUGCUGGGCGAAGGUACGCUGCUGUCGGGCGGUGAGAAGGAUCGUAAAAUUGCCGCCUGGGACUCCUUACAAAAUUACAAAAAGAUUGCAGACACAAAACUUCCUGAAGCCGCUGGCGGCGUACGCACUAUUUAUCCACAACGUCCCGGACGCAAUGAUGGCAAUAUUUAUGUGGGCACCACACGUAAUAACAUUUUAGAGGGUUCACUGCAGCGUCGCUUUACACAAGUCGUUUUCGGCCAUGGUCGCCAAUUGUGGGGCUUGGCUGCACACCCCGAAGAUGAGGUGUUCGCCACUGCCGGCCAUGAUAAACAUAUCGCACUGUGGCGCAAAAACAAAUUAAUUUGGACUAUACAAACUGGUUACGAGUGUGUUUCACUAGCUUUUCAUCCAUUUGGCACUGCACUGGCUGCUGGCAGCACUGAGGGUCAUCUGCUUGUCAUCAAUUGUGAGAAUGGUUCCGUUAUGCUGACGUUGCGUGUCUGCGGCUCACCGCUGAACUGUGUAGCGUUCAAUCAAGUUGGCGACAUGAUCGCAAUGGGCUCGCAGAAUGGCAGCAUAUAUUUGUUCCGCGUAUCGCGCGACGGUUUCUCUUACAAGAAGGUGAAUAAAAUACGCGGCUCACAGCCACUCACACAUCUGGACUGGAGCAUGGAUGGCAAUUUCGUGCAAACGGUCACCAUUGACUUCGAUCUACUCUUCUGGGAUGCUAAGUCACUCUCGCCGGAGCGCAGUCCCAUUGCUAUGAAAGAUGUCAAAUGGUUGACUAGCAAUUGCACUGUUGGCUUUUUGGUGGCAGGCAUGUGGAGUAACCGUUACUACAGCAACAACAACACAAUUAUUGCCACCUGCAGUCGUUCGGCGGCGCAAGACAUGCUGGUGUCCGGUGAUGCCGAUGGCUAUCUGCGCAUUUUCAGAUAUCCCUGUAUUAGUCCACGUGCCGAAUUUCACGAAGCGAAAGUCUAUUCCGGUAUGCUGGCAUGUUCACGUUUUCUCUACGGCGAUCAGACUGUCGUUACAGUGGGCGGCACAGACGCCUCACUCAUGGUUUGGGAUCUCGUAGAAGAAUAACUGCAAUGGCCACCGUGGCGUACGACUGUCCAGCACUAUGAUGAAGCACGCGGCUACACUGACUAUUGGACGCGGCGGCGUUCGUCUAAUAAAUCUUCGACAAUAUUGGACAGCGACUCAAUUGAAUAUCAAUAAAUUUUCCCGCAAAACAACGGUGCAUAAGCAUGUGGAGCAUAAAGAAAAAUUUGUGGAAAAAUGCUUAGAAGUGCUCAUCGUUGUUGUCGUUGUUGUUGUCAUAUUCAUUAGUUCGCCCUUCCAUAUGUUGGUGUUGAACGUAGUGUCACUGCUGUAUUUGGACGCAGCUUCUAACGCCUUAAGCGAAAAUUUGCAUAACACAACGAAAUUGAGCGUUUACACUUUUGUUAAAAAUAUUAUUGAGAAUUAGUGAAAAAUCAACCAAAGUUAGAUAUUAUCAAAAAUUUAAAAUUAUAGCACUUAAAAUUACUAAUUAGGAUAAUUUGUCAACGGAAUAUGAAUAGCAAAUGAAAUUCUGCCAUUUUCCCGCUUUUGUUACGUUUCAGCGCCAUCUGUAUGUCAACUUGUAUGUGAGCUCAUAUUGGUUGCCAAAUAUGGCAAAUAUGCAGACAAAUUUUUAAACGAUAUUUAUUAUUUUUGCGCUAAGCUUAUAAUUUGAAAACAAGUUAUUUUGAAAAAAGUUUUUAAAAAAAAAUUAUUUUGAAAAAAAGUUAUUUUGAAAAAAAUUUUAUUAAAAAAAAUUAUUUUGAAAAAAAUAUUUUAAAAAAAAUAUUAUUUAAAAAAAAAAUAAAAAUGUGAAAGAUUUGAAAAUUUGAAAAUGUAUAUACAGUGAAAUAUUUCAUACGCGGACAGAACCUUUCUGUCCGGUUAAUAGAGCGCAUGGUUAAUGAAGAUGUCUGCUUAGUAGAGCGUCCAUUUAACAGAGCUUUCACUGUAUAUAUUUUGAAAAAAAAAUUUAUUUAAAAAAAAAAUUUAUUAUGAAUAAAUAUUAUUUAUUAUAAAAAAAUUUUUUUUUAUGGAAAAAUCUUAAUUUGGAAAGAAAAUUAUAUUAUUUUGAGAGAUACAUUUAGAAAAAAUAUUUUUUUUAAACAAAAUUUGUAAAAAAUAUUUUUGAAAUUUAUCUUUAAUUAUUUGAUAAAAUUAAUAACAAGUUUCUUUUAAAGGCAAAUUAAUCUUCCACGAAUGAAGGAAAAUUCAAUUCUAAAAACAAAUAUUGUCAACUUCCGAAAAUUGCUUCCAUUCCAGUUUAUCAAAACUUCCAAGAACCUGUUAAUUUAAAUUGUUAUAAUUAAAAAAAAAAAUUAUAAACUUUCGAAACUAGCUUCCCAUUAACAAAACUUCCAAGAAUAUUUUAAUUUUGUUACUAGUUUUAUUAUAUUUAUAUUUUAUUAAAAUAUAUUUGAACCGCUUAAUAUAUAUUUUUUUUUUUUUUUUUUUGCACUAAAUAUUAAGCAUUGUUAAAUAAAUUAUACGCAGAGCUGCUUCCAACUUACACACAGUCUAAAUUUCUCCUAACCAUAUAGACUAUACGGCUGUAUAGAGCUACUUUUCCUGUAACAGACUUAAGCCACUGGUGGAUACUUAAUGAUUUCAUAUUGUAGUUAUAAAACAACAUAAAAAAUGUUAACUUGUGAAAAGUAAACAGCAUUUUUGAAAAUUCAUAAGAUAUCAUAAUAAACAUAACUGUUCUUCUUUUAUACUCAUCUUAUAUUUCAAUUUUAUCAUUUUUUAUUUUAAUUAUUAUUAAUUAUUUCAUUUAGAACUUAUUAAUAUUUUUUCUGUAGUGAAUUUCACAUUAUUUUCUAUAUAAAAUGAUAACUGUAAAAAACGAAGUGCCUUGUUUGUUUAAGUAAAUAAAUAAAGUACGGUUAUAACCAAUUGCACUUAAUAUGACGCAUUUUUGAAAGUUAUUAUAAAAUAUUAUAAUAAAACAAA